AUUGACACAGUUUUGGCUUAUCCUAAAUUAACAAGAGCAUGUUACUAUUUUAGAACGGUAAUUACAUAAAUAAUUCUCCAUCAAAAUACCCAUACAAAACGAUAAAAACAAAGUCAAAAGCCGGUGUUUCACUACCGUGAAGUUAUUUUGGGGUGUAUUUCGGACGAAGUUCAUAACGGUCGCCAUUUGCGCCACGACCACUCUUGGGUGUUAGUGAAAAGUUAUGAUUUUAGGUUAUUCCUAAGUGUUAUUUUAACGGUUACAUCGUGCAACGAAACAGCAAUAUUUGGAUAUACGUAAUACAUUAAAGUUUUAAAAUCGUGUGUGAAGUGUGUUUGAUACAUGCACUGAAAUUUAGAAAUGAAAAACAGAUUACCUCAGACAAAAAUAUUUGAUAAACUUAUGAGAAGAGUGCCUACAUUUAUUAAUUAUUAAAAUCUACAUUAAGCAUUGGUUUAUACACAGUAACUGAGUGUUACAAUAAUGAAAAUACCAGAGUCUGGAAAUGUUGGAGCAUAUUAUGGCAAUGAGGAAAAUGGACAGUGGCAGCCAAAUGGUGUGAUCAUAGAUAACGGAGUGGGUGGUGGGAUUGUUGGUAGUGGAGAUGCAGGUGUACUAAGACCACCUGCACCUGUAUACCCUGUUCACAUGCCAAGAGGGGGUCCAAUGAGCGGUGAGUGUAUGAUAGUCCACUGGGGCAUGGGACAGAAUAUGUAUUCCAGUGAGUGCGGUUACAUGAUGGGUGGUGGUUACUAUGGUGCAGCAGGUCCAGGGUAUCCACCUGAUGACUUUGCUGACUACAUGUGGAUGGAAAAUGAAGAGGAAUUUGACAAACAGGUGAUGCAACAGCUGGAAGAAGAGGCGCUAAUGGAGCAAUGCAUUGAAGCUAUGUUAGAAGACGAACAGCGAGAAAGACGUGCCGCAAGGGACAAUGGACAUGGCUCUACCACAAGCAACAGUUCAACUCCUGUGUCGCUUCAAGAAGCCAUCUCGAAGUCUACCCUCAACCCCUUAGCUGCAGAGUUUGUGCCAGGAAGAGCUCGUCCACCACCUGAAGAGAGAUCAGAGCAACCAGAGUCAAAGGAGCUACCCAAGGAAGAAACACAGACCACUGAACCAGACAGUACAGAUUCACAACUUACAGAUGAAAAAGGAUCAACACCACAAGUAGAACCUCCAGAAGUGAGUGCAGCAGAUAUUCAACCAAUCGAAGAUGACAAGAAGUCAAAAGAAAAACCCAAAUCAAAGUCUGACAAGAAGAAGCCGGAAGUUAAACCAAAAGCAAAAGUUGACAGUAAAGUGAAAAAAGACCCCAAAGUUAAAACUGUACAAAGUGAUGUGAAAGCUGCUCCAAGUGAAAGUGUUAAGAAUGAAAUUAAAAGUGUUCACAGCGAGAAAAGUGUCAAAAGUGAAGUGCAAAGUGAAGACAACCCAAGCACAGAGGUUGUUAAGCAAUCAUCCCAACCACCAUCUGACGAGCCUUCAUCUGGUUUCAAACCCGUAAACUACGCAGCAGCUGCUAAGGCCAACAAACCUAAGAAAGCCACUACACCUCCUGCCUCACUCCCGGAGAAGACCGUACCACCCAAAACUGAAAAACCAAAAGAUAAAAACCCACCGAAAACCACAGCCCCAAAAGUAAAAACCGACAAACCGGCUGUCAAAGUUGACAAACCAAUCCAAAGGAAGAAUUCAACUAAAUAAAAAAUUACAAAUUAACUUUGGGUUAAAAUUUCAAUGUACAAAAAUAUGUAAGUGAUGGAAAUUAUGUGGGUUUGCAAUUAUAACAAAAAAAUUUAUUAAUCAAACCGUUUAAAACCCGCUUAGUUUUAUCUUUCGGUAAUAUUUUGGUAAUAUCUAGAUUACUGCUUGGUUGAGAACUUAGUGUCAAAAUAUGUAUAUGAUUUAAAAGGCGCAAAACGAACUGUCAAAUUUGACAAUCACGGUCCAUAGACAAGAUCAGCCAAGUGAAAUUCAAAUUUCGCACGUUUUAUGUAUUUUAAUGUAUAUCUGGGGUGUAUUCCUUUUUAGUGUAUAACUAAUGUAAAAUUAUUAUGUGAUAUUAUCCAAGUUGCAUUUUUCCCUACGAAAAAUUUUAUAAUUGACAAAAAAAAAAAAUUAAAAGCAUGUAAAAAUAUACUAAAUAUAUGGUAUUGUUAAAUAAGUUUAUUAUAAAUUUAAAAAUAUUAGAGUUGUAGUAAUUGGAUGAUGUGACUUUUUCAAGUUAUUAACAAAAAAUGUAGUACGAUGAUUUUUUGGAAAAUACUGUAUUUCUAAACUUUAAAAUUUCUUGUUUUAAUUUAGUUUUUUUUACAUGCAGAUAUAAAAAGUCACACCAUCCAUAAUUAAUUUUAACGAAGUCCAAUAUAAUUAGAUAUUGAUUAUUGAAAAAAAAAUGUACAUUUAUUAUAUUAAAAAUGUAUAUUGCACGUUUCGCGUGGAGUUAAUAUAGCUAGCACUAAGGAAAGUAGAAUUGCAUAGUUAUUUGAAAUCUUUGAAUUAUGUUUACUCGCUAACCAUUUAGUUUAAAAUUCAAGGGGAGUUUGUGUGUUGCAUGUUAUACAAUAAAAUACAGAUUUUACAGAAGUUAAACAAGAACUGACCGGAAAGCUCAAUUCAUUUGUAUGUGCAACAUUUUUUGAAGAAUUUUUAUAGCAACUAAUAAAUAAGGCCUUAAUCCAGAAAUUAUUAGAGAAUAUAAAAUUUAAAAGCAAUUAUGUAAGUUAAAGUUAUGUGAACAGACUUUCUUUUUCGUUUAAAAUUGCGCUGAACGGCAAUAUUUUUUUUAAACUAUGACGCUACAUAAAUUAGGCGCCUUUUCAUAACCCUAAUCUUAAAAUAAUAUUAUUUUUUUUAUGACCUGGCUACAAGUCGUUUAGUCGAGAACAUAGCUGUUCCAAUUUCAGUGUUACCACUUAUUUCAAUUGCCAGUUGCCACACCAAAAUUGAGAUUUUGGGAUCAAUCUUGAGAACAGAAUUUUCAUAGAAGAUAUUUCUGGAUUCAUUUCAAACUAGGCGUUUGACAAACUAGGGUUUAUUAUAGGGAUGUUAAAUAUUAAUAUAGAAUGUAAUAAAGUUAUUGUUUUAUUUAGUUUAGAUUGUUUGUUUUAAAAUAAGCUACAUUAGUUAUCUGUAUUUGACAUUUGCUGAUGUACUCUAAGUUUGGGAUAGCAGUAUUAUCUACUCCCAUCGUUGAUUAUUAACACUCUUAAUUUUAUCUUUUUAACUUGUAUCUGAAUCUUAGCGUAAGAGCUGUUACACUUCACGGAUAAGAAUCAGCAAAUGCAAAAACAGAUUUUAAGAGUUGGGUUUUGGACUAUAAAAAUUUGUGUUUCCGGUAUUUAGAUCAAUUUGUCUGUAUUUUUUGAAAUGAAAUAUCCUUAUAUACUUACUAUCCUCUAUUAACUUUAUUUCUAGUCUAAAACUGUAUAUGAAUUCUAUUAACUAUGUAUUGAGAAGAAAAUUGAUCUAAAUUGUUAAAAUUAGUUUUUACAAAAUAAAAUCGCACAUUUAAAAUAAUUAAUUUUUUGUUUAAUAGCUCUUGAUUGUAUAUUUAGUUUUGUGCGAUUAUGUAUUCUAAAUUAUGUUUAAAUCCUGAUUAUUUUAAAUUAUAUUAUUCGUCACAACAGUAAUAGUAAUAGACAAAUUUUGUCAAUAUAUUAUGUACAAUACUGUAAA